CUUCCUGUGGAGACAGUGAGAAGAACAAAGGCUGUGAAGGUGUCUUUUCUUUUCCUUGCCCCACUAACGGCUAAAUUGUAGCCUCCAGUCUCUCCCACCCCACCUUGUAACCUUGGGGGGAGCAAUAUGAAGGGGAAAGGAAUACUGAUCGCUGCCAUCCUGCAGGCAUGGCUCCCAAUUACAGAUGCUGAUGCACUAGGACUGGCAGAUCCAAGAUUAUGUUACAUUCUGGACGGGAUCCUCUUAAUUUAUGCUAUUGUCAUCACAGCCUGUUUUGUAAAAACAAAGUUAAGCAGAGGCCGUUCUGAACGCACAUCUCAAAACACAGAUACCAUAUAUAAUAAAUUGUCUUCUGGACGCAGAGAUGAAUAUGAUUCACUGGGAGUUAAAAAGACAAACAAUGACGUUGAAAUGGGAAGGAAAAAACAGCACAGAAGAAAUAAACCUCAGGACAGAGUUUACAGUUCUCUACAGAGGGAUAAGAUGGGUGAAGCCUACAGUGAAAUUGGGAAGAAAGGAGAGAGGCGUCGUGGCAAAGGCAAUGAUGCAGUUUAUCAGGGUCUCAGCGCAGCCACAAAGGACACCUAUGAUGUCCUUCAAAUGCAACAAAUGCAGACUCCUUAUUAGCUGCAGUUGAAUGAUAAAAGAGGAACUAUUUCCAGUCGGAGUCCUGAUCGCCACUCAAGAUGACGGUUCAUCUGUGCAGGAAGCACAAAAAUGACAGCUCCUUUUCCCAACCAACUUUCAACUUAAGAUUGUAAAAAUGUAUAUAUCUACGCAUUAUAUAUGCACACUCCAGCUCAGUUUUAAGAGCAGUAGCUAUAAUUGCUGCCUCCCUUAUGUGGGAAGGGUUAUUUGAAGCUAAACAUGCAUACACAGAACCAAAAGUAUAAUUCUUCAUGCAACAAGUGAUUAAUUCUUUACCAUCAGGGUUUUGGAGCACUGUUUCUUUUUGCUGUAGAUUUGCCAUCGUCUUGUACACUGUUUUUAUUUGUAAGCAGCAGCGAUGGAUUUGGGACUAGGUGUAUUACAGCAAGGCAUGACUAUUGCCCUUCACCAGAUUCUACAGAGAAGCCAGAAAUGUGUCUGCAAGGUGCCCUUCAGAUAUAUUUUGGCCCAAAAGCCAUCUCAGGUUGCACUGGAACCAGAGUUCAUUAAUUAGCUUCAAAUCCUGAUUAAGACAGAAUCUUGAGUAGCAUUGAACAAACGAAAUUUUCAGGGUGAAUGUGGUGAUUAGGAAGUAUUUCAUGCCAACCACGUCAUCCUAACCAUAUUUAUACAGAAUUAAGUUUUAUAUAUCCAAUUGAGCUUAUGCUAGUAUUUGGGAUUGUAGUGUAAGAGACUGGGAAGGCUAUGUCAUCAAAACCAGUCAAUGUCAACCUUAUUAUGCUUAGUUCAGAAUCCUAUUGUGAGAAAUAUAUAUUCUAUAAAUAUAUUCUUUGGGGUGGGGGGUAAUCUAUUGCUUUUUCAUAUGAAUGGCUGUAUCUUGAAUGCAGAGUAUGUAUCCGUCCUUCUGCUUGUAUGUGUCUGGCAAAUUGAUUCAAAAAGAUUCUGACACUCAUGUUGCACCAUCAACAAAGACAGAGGAUGUGUCUACAUUGUAGGAGGAAUGUAGUUUGACACCACUUUCAUGAACAUGGCUCAGUGCUAUGGAUAAGAGCCCUUGGUGGCACAAUAGGUUAAACCCUUGUGCUGGCAGGACUGCUGACUGAAAGUUCAGUGGUUUUAAUCUAGGGAGCGGGGUGAGCUCCAAUCUGUCAGCUCCAGCUUCUCAUGUGGGGACAUGAGAUAAGCUUCCCACAGGAUGUUAAAACAUCCAGGCUUCCCCUGAGCAACGUCCUUGCAGAUGGCCAAUUCACUCACACCAGAAGCGACUUGCUGUUUCUCAAGUCGUUCCUGACACGAAAAAAGUGCUAUGAAUUCAUGGAUUUUCUAAGGGCCCUAGCCUUACAAGCACUUUAGCCUUCUCUACCAAAGACUGGUGGUGCCUCACCCAACUACAGAUCCCAGGAUUCCAUAACCAUAGAAGUCAAAGUGGUGUCCAACUGAAUUAAUUCUACAGUGUAGAUGCACCCAGAGAGGUGAGCUCGUUAUCACAGAAAGCAAAAACUAACCUUAAAACUCCUUUGUGAAGACCUCUCUUGAUCAUCAUGGUGCUUCCUGUUUCUGUUUGUUGUUGGAUCAGCAUCUUGCAGGGCGAAGUUGGUGCUGUAUAUGUACUAAACCAGCUACGGCUAGAAGUAGCAAGAUAGAAAGAAACUGUUUUUUUUCUGUCUUCAUGCUUACAUUCAGUCCAGUCUUUCAGAAGUACACUUUUGUAUCUCUAAACCUGGAGUAACAAAGAUUUUAGUUAAAAAUGUAUUUUUGUUUUUAUUGAAAUAAUUGAAACUUCAAUACUAUGUGUAUUUUUAAUAAAAGUUAUAUUAAUUGUU